AUGGAAAAUAAAAACCAAGACAUUGAUCACUUGAGACAAGAAGAAGAGGGUCUGCAAGAGAGAAUUUCCAAGUUAGAGAAGACAUUAGUUGAGCAAGAGGAGGAGUCAUUUACUCUCCAGAAGCAAGUUGAGGAUGUCGUGAAUGAAGCGUCCGCUCAAAUUAUGGCCUUAACGACGCAGGUUAACAAUCUGCAACAGAAGUUGGAUUCCACUCACUCCGUGAAAAGCCAAUUGGUGUUGCAGAUUAAAAGAGGUAAACAAGAAUCUUCAGAAAGCUUGACUCAAGUGGAGAAUAAGAAUUCCAAGCUAGCAAACAAGGUUGCGGAUCAGCAAAGAAUGCUAAAAGAACAGGAGGAUGCUUUCAAUGAAUUGAGAGAAGAGCACAAACGACUCGAAGUUUUGUUUCAAGAAUGCAAGGCAAACCUUGAAGUUGCUGAAAGGAAGAUUGAAGAAAUGGAAGAAGAGUUGCAAACGAGUAUUGAAUCGAAAGACAGGAAAGUUGAUGAAUUCGAAGAAACAAUCGAAGACUUGAAAAGAGAUCUGGAAAUGAAAGGAGAUGAAGUGAGCUUGCUGAUUGAGAAUCUCAGCAUGAUUGAGGAAGACUACGGGCACUUUGAGAGCCGUGUUUAUGAAAUCCUGAACGAGUUUCAAGUUGCAAAGAACAAGGUCAAUGAGACAAAUACCGAGAAACAACAACUAAAGGAUGAGCUCAGUGUCUUGAUCGAGCAACUGCGAGAUAAGAUAGAAAAGGAAUUGGUCUUAAGAGAAAGGGUUAGAGAAUUGGAAGCAAAGUUGCACAAUACUGAGGAUGAGAAGUAG